AUGCUAAAUAACUUGAGAUAAAACAAGUAGGUUUUAGUAAUUAUUUAGUUACUAAAGUUAACUCGAAAAUUCAUUAAGCAAUUAAGUUUAAUAAGCAUUCUAAUCAACUGUUUAGUUUGGCAUAAUCUCUUUUCUACUUUAUGUCUUAAUGGUAUUGAUUGUGAUAACUCUGCUUAUUUCUAUUGUUGUUGCCAAUAAAUAUAGAUAAUCCUAAUAAUUACUUUUAGUAGGAAUUUUGUUAAUUCCUUUGCUAAUAGUUCUUUUUGGAUGUACAUUGUACAUCUUAUUUUAAUUUUCUGAAGCAAAAGAAAGAAUGAAUAAAAUACCUUAAGAAAAGUAUUUGAAUAGAUAGAUGUACUAAUCAUCAAUUAAAUUUCUGUUUUUCUAUACAAACUAAUCUAAAUUUACUGCAAUAAGAUUGACAUAUUUAUAUAUUGUAUUUGCAAUCUCUAUACUAAUUCAAAAUUUAGCAUUUUUAUCAAAAGAUGAAUAUAAUGAUGAUGAAGAUUAUAAGGAUCUUGAUGAAACUAACAAUAAUAAUAAUAAUAAUAAUGAUGAUACAAUUAAUUACUAAACAAGAACAUAAAAUAAUGGAAAUUUAUUAUUUCCUUUAAUUAUCUUAUGUUCAAUUUUAGCUUUCAUUUUCUUUAUUUAUGAAAUCUUGAAAAUUGCAUUAACAAUCUAUUUUAAAUGUAGAAAUCAGUCUAUUCCUCCAUAUUAAUAUAAUGAUACAAAUUUAAGUAAUUUUAUACUUAAUUAAUAGAUAUACUAAAAGUUAUUAGAUGGAGUAAAGCAUUUUGUGGUAUCUUUCUUGUGAAUAAUAUUGGCAAGAUGAUGAUCUUAUGUACAAUAUUUAUUACUCCCAAUUCAACUUCAUAUAUCUUAAUAGGUUCUAAUCUAUAUUAUCAUUUCUUUAUGGCAACUUUAGUAAAUGCAUUAUUCAAUGAAAUUUCUGCAAGUAAAUUAUAUAUAUUAUAUUUUAUAUAGUAUAAAGACCUCCUUAAAAUGAUAGUUCUAUAUUUAUAAAUCAUUAAAUAUUAAUAGAUUCAAAAUUAAAAAGUAUGAACACUAAAAAAGUAUUUUAAUUUUUAUUAUUAACAUCAUUUAUUUUUACAAUUAUAGGAACAUGUAUAUUUAGAAUAGAAAUGGAUACAUAAAAUGGAAUCAUAAAUUUUGAUAUAUUCAUUUUCUAUGAUUGUGCAAUAACUUAAUUAAUAUUAUUAGGAUUAGCUAAUCUUAAAUAUUUGAUUAUUCCAUAUUUUAAUAAGGGAAAUAGCAAUAUUAUACAUUAAAUAUAAGUUAUUGAAGAUUAAUAAUAAUAAACAAUUGAAAAUUAAUAAAUAAGAUUAUCAACAGAAUAAGCUUAAUUAGAAAUGAUUUUAAGAUCAUAAAAUGAUGAUAAUUAUGAUAAUUCAAGAAAUAGACCUCCAUUUAAAAAAGUCAAAAAUAUUGAUUUUAUUAUUUAAAAUGAAAAUGAAAAAUCAGACUGUAUAAUUUGUUUGCAACCAAUGAUAUUUAAUUUAGAUGAUCCUAUAUUAUAAUUGAAUUGUCAUAAUACUCAUAUCUUCCAUAAGAAAUGUAUCACAGAUUGGCUUAUUUAAAAUAAAAAAUGUCCAUUAUGUAAUACUCAAAUUUUAUGA